GCCCAACAACAAGCUCCAACUUCCUUGAUGUGAAGACGGUGGAUUGUGAAGAUAUAAAAACUCUGUACUUUAUCCCACUCGAUAAAUCUCUGUUCAAUUGCAUUAUUCCAUUUUUCAAUUUUUUCCUCAAUUUCUCUUAAACCCUCAACGAUGGCUGCGGAAACAUUUCCAUACCAAAACGGCGUUGUUGCGAAAAAGUCGAAGGAGAACGAUCGGCGUCGCCGUCGCGGGAAGGCGAAGAAAAACAACAAAGCUUCUGAGCAGCCAGCUUCUAACAUCGGCGAAGAAAGUGACAAUGCUAAGGAGAAUACUGAUCCGAAGCAGGUUUUUGAACAAGUUGAAAUUGAGUAUGUACCAGAGAAGGUAGACCUAUACGAAGGCAUGGAUGAAGAAUUUAGAAAAAUAUUUGAGAAAUUUAGUUUCACUGAAGUCGCUGCAUCAGAGGAAACUGAUAAGAAGGAUGUGGCGGAGGAAACUGCAGCUACUAAAAAGAAAGCUAAUUCCGAUUCUGAUUAUGAGGAUGAAGAAAAUGAUAAUGAGCAAAAAGAAAAAGGCGUAUCAAACAAGAAGAAAAAGCUUCAACGAAGAAUGAAGAUUGCUGAACUGAAACAAGUUAGCUCAAGACCUGAUGUUGUUGAGGUUUGGGAUGCUACUGCAGCAGAUCCUAAGUUGCUGGUGUUUUUGAAAUCUUAUCGUAACACUGUACCUGUACCUAGGCAUUGGUCACAAAAGAGAAAAUUUUUGCAGGGGAAACGAGGUAUUGAGAAACAACCUUUUCAACUUCCUGAUUUCAUUGCUGCCACUGGUAUUGAGAAAAUCAGACAGGCUUAUAUUGAGAAAGAGGACAGUAAGAAGUUGAAGCAAAAGCAAAGGGAACGUAUGCAACCAAAAAUGGGAAAAAUGGAUAUAGAUUAUCAGGUCCUUCACGAUGCAUUUUUUAAGUACCAAACAAAGCCAAAGCUGACAUCCCUUGGGGAAUUGUAUCACGAAGGAAAAGAAUUUGAGGUAAAGUUGAGGGAGAUGAAACCUGGUAUGUUAUCACACGACUUGAAAGAAGCUCUUGGUAUGCCUGAGGGCGCUCCUCCUCCAUGGCUUAUUAAUAUGCAGAGAUAUGGUCCUCCACCAUCUUACCCUCAGCUGAAGAUCCCAGGACUGAAUGCUCCCAUACCCGCUGGAGCUAGCUUCGGUUAUCAUCCUGGUGGAUGGGGCAAGCCUCCUGUCGACGAAUAUGGACGCCCACUGUAUGGAGAUGUUUUUGGUGUUCAACAACAAGAUCAGCCUAACUAUGAGGAAGAGCCAGUUGAUAAGACCAAACACUGGGGUGAUUUGGAGGAGGAGGAGGAGGAGGAAGAAGAGGAAGAAGAAGAGGAGGAGGAGGAGGAAGAAGGAAUGGAAGAGGAGUACUUUGAAGAUGGUGUUAAGUCUGUUGAUAGUCUAUCAAGCACUCCCACCGGAGUGGAGACACCUGAUGUUAUUGACCUACGGAAGCAACAGAGAAAUAAGGAGCCUGAGAGGCCUCUUUAUCAAGUGCUUGAAGAGAAAGAAGAAAAAAUUGGUGCAGGAUCUUUACUUGUACCCGGACACACUUAUGUGGUUGGCACUGGCGGCACCCAGGAUAAAUCGGGUGCUAAAAGGGUCGACCUUCUUAAAGGUCAGAAGUCCGAUAAAGUGGACGUCACUUUACUGCCGGAAGAGUUGGAAGCCAUGGAAAAUGUUCUGCAGGCCAGGUAUGAGGAAGCUAGGGAGGAAGAGAAGUUGCGUAGUCAGCGAGAAGAUUUCAGUGACAUGGUUGCAGAGAAUGAGAAGAAAAGAAAAAGAAAGAUGCAAGAAAAGGACGGCAAAUCGAAGAAGAAGGACUUUAAGUUUGUUUUCUUUUGGUGGGUGUAGUAAUUCUCAGCUUGUCCUUCUCGCAUUGCGUGACUAGAGCACCUGUUUAACUCAUCUGUUAUCUGUAAUGUAUUACAUAUUAUUGCCUGAAAGUAGUUAUCACUGUUUCGGGCAGGAGUGGACGAUAAGUAAAUGAAAAUAAUACAAUGAAAACACUAAUCAGAACAUGUGGUAAAAACUACCUUGUAUUUACGCUGUCACACAA